CCCUGCCGGCGCCAUGGCCCCCUGCUCGCUGCUGGCCCUCGCCUCGCUGCUGGCACUCGUCCCCAGCGCCGCCCCGGGGUCCUCGUGGAGCGCCGUGCCCCGAAAAACCGUCCCCUACGCGGGUGAGUACCGUGUCGUGUCCCCCCCCCCCUUCCCCGGACGGGUCCCCAGCCCUUUGUCCUGUCCCCACACCCCGCCAUCGCCCUGGGUCCCUUUGUCGUGUCCCCUGUCGUCACCGCGGUCCCCGUCCCUCUGCCAUGCCCCGUGUCCUCAUCUCCGGGCCGUGCCAGCACCCGAGGUGCCGUCCCUUCGCCGUGCCAGCACCCCGUGUCCCCCAUCUGUGCUGUGUGCUGUGUCCCUGUCCCCGUGCCAUGCCAGCACCGGUGUCCCCGUCCCUUUGCUGUGCCCCGUGUUCUUGUCCCUGUGCUGUGCCAACACCCGGAGACCCCCAGCCGUUAGCCGUGCCAGAGUCCUACGUCCCUGUCCCUUUGCCACGUCCCUUGUCCCCAUCCUCGUGCUGUGCCAGCACCCCACGUCCCCUUUCCGUGCCCCGUUGCACCAUCCCCGUGCCCUGUGUCCCCUAUUCCUGUGCCAUGCCGGUGCCCCAUGUCCCCGUGCCCAUGACCCCUGUCCCUUUCCCGUGCCAGCGUCCCCGUGCCGUGUCCCACGUCCCUGUACCAGACCCCGUCCCUUUGUCAUGCUGCUGCCCCCGUUCCUUGCCCCCUGUCCCUGUACUGUCCCCAGCACCCCUGUCCCCACGCUGUGCCCCGUGUCCCCGCGCUGUGCCCACGCCCCAGCCCCCUGUCCCUUUGCCGUGCCGGUGUCCCCAUUCCAUGCCCCGUGCUCAUACCCGAGCCCCCUGUCCCUGUGCCCCGUGUCCCCAUGCCCCAGGCCCCCCCAUCCCUUCCUGUGCCAUUGUCCCUGGGCCGUGCCCAUGCCCAAGUCCCCUGUCCCUGUGCUGUGUCCCCUGUACCUUGCCCAAGCCCCCU